CUACUAAUUGUUAUCCCAUUCUAAUACUUGCCAAAGUACUUACAGUAUGUGCUUCUAUGGUUGCUUUGCCUGCAAAUUUAUUUUCUUAACAAACACCCUUAUCAGUUGCACCUCUUGAUUUAAGGUUGCAUUGAUUUCAAAGUAGUAUAAAAGUAUAAAAGAAGGUCCAGAUGGUAAAUUACAUAAAUCUGAUUUAGAUUCAGACACCACAAAUGGGUUGUUUAUACCCAAGUUCUGAAAUAACUUGACUAAAACCUAAAUAUAGCUAAAAUUAAGUUGCUUCAACAAUUGUAAUUUCAAGGUAAAUCAUACUAUGCAUUUGAAAACGUUUUAUUUUCACAUUGUCAUUCAUUGUCUUACUGUAGCAGUGAGAUCAAUUUAAAUUUGUCCUUGUGGAUAGAUAUGUUCUGGAUACAGGUGUCCAGAAUGAAAUGAAGGUAAAUUUCAAUUUUAGAUUUGAAACAUGAUGAAUGACUUUUAAAUGCACUCUUCUGACACAAGGUGACACCGGUAGGUAAUUAGUCUUCAUGAGCUUUGAACACCUUAGGCAAGAAAGUUAGUAAGAAGUUGUAGAAAAGCUCCUCCCAUUAACUGCAUUUCAAAGAAGUGAAACUGCUUGUGGUUCUCCAGUUUAUUACAGGUUAUUCUGCGAAAUAGGAUGCUGAAAAAGAUUUCUCACAUAUGCGUGCCACUUCAUAAAUUAGCAAGCAACAAGUACAGGCCUGAUGACCCAGACUUCAGUCUGAAUGUAGUCAAGCAGUGUGAGUGCUCUUCACAAGAAUCUCUUUUAGAUACAUAAACGGAUCUCUGACAAGUUUUUGGAGGGAUAAAUAAAGUAUUACAGUGAAUGUUCGAAUGAAGUCCAGAAAAACAUGGAUCGAAGAAACUUUCUGCAAAAGAGAAUGCAUGAUGUUUAUACCAAUCUCAAGAGGGCCACACAGAUGUAUUCCAGGAUGUCAAGUGUGUCAGAACUUAAUAAGGUGCUGCUGUGGCCGACUGAUUGGAGAACAUACAGGCUUGGACUUAAGCUCCCCACUCUACAUGUCAGCCCUGGAGAGUGAGAGAGAAGAGUGGUCUGUUGAGAAACACACAAAGGCCAGUCCUACGGAUGCUUUUGGCACAAUUGACUUUCAAGAUGGAGCUCGAUCCUUUCAUGCUAAGUACCUCAGAGUGUCAUAUGAUACAAAAUUGGACCAACUGUUACACUUUAUAGUGAAGGAGUGGCAGAUGGACUUACCAAAGUUGGUCAUUUCUGUCCAUGGAGGCAAUCAUAACUUUGAGCUCCCUCCCAAGGUAAAACAGAUCUUUGGAAAGGGCCUGAUCAAGGCAGCAGAAACAACAGGAGCAUGGAUAGUGACCGAAGGCAUUAAUGCAGGCAUAGCAAGACAUGUUGGGGAUGCUCUUAAAACUCAUGGUGAUCAUGAUUUCCGGAAGAGGUAUGCAAUUGGAAUAGCUCCAUGGGGAGUGAUUGAGAACCAAUCUGACCUAAUAGGGAAAGAUGUUGUUUGUCCUUAUCAAACACUGGGCAACCCCCUGAGCAAACUGAUGUGCCUCAACAGUCUGCACUCUCACUUUGUCCUGGUGGACGAUGGGACUGUAGGAAGGUUCGGAAGUGAGAUGAACCUGAGGAGAAAGUUCGAACAAAUCAUCGGACUUCAGAAGAUUCACUCCAGGUUGGGUCAAGGUGUUCCCGUGGUGGCAGUGCUGGUAGAAGGUGACCCCAGUGCGGUGCCACUAGUGUGGGAGUAUGUCAGGAGCACCCCCCCUGUGCCUGUGGUGGUCUUUGAAGGGACUGGGGGGGCUGCUGACCUCCUGGCUUUCGUGCACAAACAAACAGCUGAAGGCAGAGGGCUUCCACCGGAUAUUAAAGAAGACACAUUAUUUAUGAUCCAGAACAGUUUCAGUUUUGAAAAGACACAGUGCAAUCAGCUCUUUAAAACUCUAAUGGAAUGUAUGGAUCACAGAGAUUCAAUCACUGUCUUUGAUGCAGAAUCAGACGAUCAGCAAGAUGUAUGCACGGCUAUGUUAACUGUUAUAUUAAAAGGAACCCAUGCAUCAGCAUCUGAUCAAUUAAGCAUUGCAUUGGCAUGGGAUCAAGUUGAUAUUGCAAAAAACCACAUUCUGGUCUAUGGACAGCACUGGAAGGUUGGUUCCUUGGAACAGGCUAUGCUUGAUGCCCUUGUGAUGGACCGAGUGAAUUUUGUCAAGCUCCUGAUAGAAAAUGGAAUGUGCAUGAACCGUUUUCUCACAGUCUCCCGAUUGGAGGAGUUGUACAACACGUGGCAGGGCCCAACACACAGUCUCUUAUAUCACCUGGUAAAGGAUGUGAAGCAGAGUCAUCUUCCGCCAGACUACAAGAUAUCACUGAUUGAUGUUGGUCUGGUGAUUGAAUACUUAAUUGGGGGAGCAUAUCGGAGUACCUAUACACGCAAGCAUUUCCGAGUUCUUUACAAUAGCCUCUACAGACAGAAAAAGAAAAUCAGUCAAGGAAAUUCUGUCAGCUUUAACAAUGAUAGCAAACAGCUCUAUGGCAGGCAUGGAAAUGAAGACAGCGUACCACAAUCAUAUUUCUUCAGAACAGCUCAGCCUUACAAACGCAAGGAAAAGACACUUUUUCAUCAAAAGUCGAAAAAGAAGCAAAAAGCGGACCUGAUUUUUUCCCAGGAAAAUGAAACGCCACUGUUUACUUACAGCUUCAAUGAUCUGUUUGUGUGGGCAGUGUUGAUGAAGCGACAAAAGAUGGCUCUGUUUCUCUGGCAACAUGGGGAAGAGGCCAUGGCAAAGGCUGUAGUGGCCUGCAAACUAUACAGAGCUAUGGCAAACGAAGCCAAGGAGAGCAACAUGGGGGAUAACACUUCAGAAGAACUAAAGAUAUACUCACAAGAGUUUGGUCAGCUGGCAGUGGAUCUCCUGGACAAUGCUUUUAGACAAAAUGAGAGAAUGGCCAUGAAGCUGCUCACCUAUGAGAUGAAGAACUGGAGCAACUUCACCUGCCUGAAGAUGGCAGUGUCCUCUGGGCUGCGUCCCUUUGUGUCUCACACCUGUACGCAGAUGUUACUAACUGAACUAUGGAUGGGACGCUUAAACAUGAGAAAAAAUUCCUGGUAUAAGGUUAUUUUGAGCAUCUUGUUGCCUCCCACCAUUUUGAUGCUUGAGUUCAAAAGUAAGGCAGAAAUGUCCCAUAUUCCUCAGUCUCAGGAGUCCCACCAGUUAAACUUGGAGAGUGGGAGUCAUGGAUCCAAUGGGAAAGAUCAGCCACAAGUGAAUCCCCAAACUCCUUAUUUACACAUAUGUACUGUACAGUAUAUAUUCAAUGUGGAUCAAACAAGAUCUGUACCACACAAUGUUGAUGAGGCUUUACCCAAGUGCACUACACACACUUUUGCAUUCAGAGCCCAGAAUGACUCUGAUCCUGAACGCGGACCCGAAAAACCAGAAGAUAUAGAUUUCUCUCUGACUACACAGCAGAAAGGACUUUUCUGGACACGGAAAGUCUAUGAAUUUUACAAUGCACCAAUUGUAAAAUUCUGGUUUCACACAAUUGCCUAUAUGAUCUUCCUGAUGCUGUUUACGUACACAGUAUUAGUAAAAAUGGAGCCAAAGCCCACCAUCCAGGAGUGGCUAGUGAUCAUUUAUGUGUUUACUACAGCAGUUGAGAAGGUCAGAGAGGUUUUCAUGUCAGAGCCAGGAAAACCCAUUAAGAAGAUAAAUGUCUGGUUUAGUGAGUACUGGAACUGCACAGAUUUCUUAGCCAUCCUUUUAUUUGUCGUUGGCUUUGGGUUACGAUGGGAAGAUGUGCCCAUGAGAACAGCAGGACGAAUAAUUUACUGCCUGGACAUAAUUUUUUGGUAUGUGCGGCUUCUGGAUUUGUUUGCAGUCAACCAGCAUGCAGGCCCAUAUCUGAUGAUGAUAGCUAAGAUGACUGCCAACAUGUUUUACAUUGUUAUAAUGAUGGCAAUUGUACUUCUUAGCUUUGGGGUAUCCAGAAAAGCUAUUCUCUCACCCAAUGAGCCCCCUUCCUGGACACUGGCUAAAGAUAUUGUGUUCCAGCCAUACUGGAUGAUAUUUGGUGAAGUCUAUGCAGGGGAAAUUGAUGCUUGCGCAGAAAACAAUAUAUGUUCUCCUGGUGCUUUCCUAACUCCAUUUCUGCAAGCAGUCUACCUGUUUUUUCAAUACAUCAUAAUGGUCAACAUCCUAAUAGCCUUCUUCAACAAUGUGUACUUUGAAAUGAAAUCUAUUUCCAACAAGCUAUGGAAAUACAAUCGAUACCGAUACAUCAUGACUUACCAUGAAAAGCCAUGGCUCCCACCACCUUUCAUCCUCCUGAGUCACUUAUCUCUGUGCAUCUCCACCAUCUAUCAACAUCAGUCAAAGGAAUUGGAACAUGGAAAGCACGUUGGACUGAAGCUUUACUUGAGCAUCGAAGAUUUGAAGAAGCUCCAUGAUUUUGAAGAAAAGUGUGUUGUGAUGUACCUUUAUGAAAAGAAUGAGAACUUUAAUUGCAAUACUGUCCAUAGAAUAAAAACAACACUGGAAAAAGUAGAAGAGAUGUGUCUCCAGCUGAAGGACGUCGCUGAGAAAGUGUUCUUUGUCAAGGAAACACUUCAGUCUUUGGAUAAUCAGCUGGGUCACCUUCAGGACCUCUCUGCCUUGACAGUAGACACUUUGUCUGUCAUCUCUGCAGCAGGCAGCUUGAAAGAGGAGGAAGAACUGCUUGGCCACAAGAGGCAUCACUCCUGUGAAAGGCUUCCUCACAGCUGGAGCAACUAUGCCCAGUCAGUGGAAGACCUGAACAAUAAAAUUAAGAAGAAGUACUGCAGCACCCCACCUUCUCUGCUAAGAACCCUGGGACAUGAUCCACAACCUCUGCAAACUCUGGGGUGCAACAGUAAUGAGGAGCAGCAAACACAUUCCAAAGUUAGAGCUCUAAAUUCCAUAGAUAAGGAGGAAAAAGAGGGAGGCAAAAUACUGAUUGAGGUCCACAAAGACCAUCAGUCUAAAGUGUUGUGUGUUCCAUUGAUGCUUUCCUGCUGUAAGAAUAACUCCCUUACAAACAUUAAAUCUGCGGGCAACUCAUUGCCAGAGUCUAUCCCUGAGACUCUUCAUUCUUCCAUGAGACAGUCAGGUGAAGUUCUAAUAAAAACAGGGAUCCCUGACAUUCAGGUUGCACAAAAUAGUGAUACCUGGCAAGAAAACAAAACUUUCAGUCUAGGAACCUCCACAGAAGUCAGUGAUCAAACACUCAUGUCAGACUGUCAUGCUGAAGAAAGUAAAGGAGGCUUUGUCAAUUUGGCCUUUAGUGAGGGCAAUGAGCCUGGAAUAUUCCAGCUUCCUCAGAUGAGAUAUGGCAGAAAGAGCCAUCUUACAACAUGCAACAGAGAUGAGAGUGAAAACAGCCUCCAGAAAGAUCAGGUCACGAACUCUCACUCCUUGGUCUGCAGCUCAGUCAGUAUGGAGAUAGCACCUCCAAGCCAGCAAAGCUGUACUUUGGUGUGUGGCAACACUGUGGAGAAAAACUGGAAAAGCCACAGCCUACGAGCAGAGCGAGGAAACAUGAUGCUGAACCCUAGCAAAGACAGAGAGACGUCUAAAUCUUCGGAAAUAUACCCAUGCGCAAAGCCUGUACCAAAAAUGCAGAAUCUUAAGAGAAAGACUGUGAAAAUCCAAGAGACAACUCCAAACCUCCCUUUGCCAGUGAUAACAGUACAUGGAUGCUCACCUAUCCCUUGCAUGAAUUCUGAAUCUGCACUGCAGAAGGAUGAGAAUCUCCAGAUAGAACAAAAUCUAAAAAGAGACUGGUCAAAUAUAACCAGCUUCAAUCAGCUGAGUUUUGACCAAAUGAGUUUUGUGGCGCACAGGCUUCGGCAUCAUGAAAGCCCGUCAAACUUAGUGCAGUCCAUCGAACACUCAGGAUUUCAUUAUCAGGAGCAGACCAGUACCUCUGCUUGGAACAGCAGGAAAAAAACUCCGAGCCGUAGAUCUUCGGAGCAGAUUUUUGGUGUCACAGAUGCAAAGAGCACCUCAUUCAAAACCUCUGAAGACCUAAAUCAUCAUUAUUCAGCUGUUGAGAGAAACAAUUUGAUGAGACUAGCACAAACAAUACCAUUUACUCCAGUUUCUCUGAUUGCUGGUGAGGAAGUGACUAUAUACAGACUGGAAGAGAGCUCACCGACCAGUCUGAGCAACAGUGUAUCCUUCUGGUCUAAGCAAGGCCUGGUUGCUAUGAUUGAGCCCUUGAUUUGUAAGCAGAUGGAUAGUGGCCUGCGCAGGGCCAUGAAAGUGGUCUGCACUUGGGCAGAGGGUGACGUGCUGAAGCCAGGUGCUGUUUAUAUUGUGAAAUCUUUCAGUCCAGAGUUGGUCAGGACAUGGAAGAAAAUAUAUCAAGACAGCACUGUCCUUCAUCUGUGUCUGAGGGAAAUCCAGCAGCAACGGGCUGCUCAAAAACUCAUGUACAUAUUCAACCAAAUGAAACCCCAUACCAUCCCUUACUCCCCAAGGGUUUUGGAUGUAUGUCUGCUCUACUGCCAUUCCACUGAAGAAUGGCUAACCAUUGAGAAAAACUUGAAUGGUGACUUCAAAAAGUACAACAGUACCAACGGAGAAGAGGUCACUCCUAUGAGUUUUCUGGAAGAAACUAUUUUGGCUUUCUCUCAUUGGACGUAUGAAUAUUCUAGAGGAGAGCUUAUAGUUCUUGAUCUUCAAGGUGCUGGUGAAAACUUAACAGACCCUUCAGUGAUCAAAGCAGAAGACAAAGAUGAACAAGACAUGAUAUUUGGUCCUGCUAACCUUGGAGAUGGGACAAUCCAAAAUUUCAUUGAAAAGCAUCAGUGCAACAGAUGCUGCAAACAACUCAAGCUUCCAGAUUUGAGAAAAAAUACUUUGACUCCGGGAAAAAUCAACCCUGCCUUUGAAGAUGAUUGCUCAGAUAUUGUUACACGACUUUGAAAAGAGCUUUGAGCAUUAAACUGACAUUGCCAAAGAGAUGCAGUGUAAAAUAGAUUGAACACAUGGAUGGUUUUGGUUUAUUGUUUUACUCUGCUAUCAUAAUAAAUCUUUAUA